AUGAUGGCUAGCUAUCCCGAGCCCGAGGACGCCGCGGGGGCCCUGCUGGCCCCGGAGACCGGCCGCGCAGCCAAGGAGCCCGAGGCGCCGCCGCCGCCGAGCCCGGGCAAGGGUGGCGGCGGCGGCGCCGGGACAGCCCCAGAGAAACCGGACCCGGCGCAGAAGCCCCCAUACUCGUACGUGGCGCUCAUCGCCAUGGCGAUCCGUGAGAGCGCCGAGAAGAGGCUCACGCUGUCCGGCAUCUACCAGUACAUUAUCGCCAAGUUCCCGUUCUACGAGAAGAACAAGAAGGGCUGGCAGAAUAGCAUCCGCCACAACCUCAGCCUCAACGAGUGCUUCAUCAAGGUGCCGCGCGAGGGCGGCGGCGAGCGCAAGGGCAACUACUGGACGCUGGACCCGGCCUGCGAGGACAUGUUCGAGAAGGGCAACUACCGGCGCCGCCGCCGCAUGAAACGACCCUUCAGGCCGCCACCCGCGCAUUUCCAGCCGGGCAAGGGGCUCUUUGGGGCCGGAGGUGCCGCGGGUGGCUGCGGCGUGGCAGGAGCGGGAACCGACGGCUACGGCUACCUGGCGCCCCCCAAGUACCUGCAGUCCGGCUUCCUCAACAACUCGUGGCCGCUACCGCAGCCGCCCUCGCCCAUGCCCUACGCCUCGUGCCAGAUGGCGGCGGCCGCUGCGGCGGCGGCCGCAGCAGCGGCGGCCGCAGGCCCGGGCAGCCCAGGCGCGGCCGCUGUGGUCAAGGGGCUGGCGGGCCCGGCUGCCUCGUAUGGGCCGUACUCACGCGUGCAGAGCAUGGCGCUGCCUCCCGGCGUAGUGAACUCGUACAACGGCCUGGGAGGCCCGCCCGCCGCGCCCCCGCCGCCGCCGCCUCACCCCCACUCACACCCGCACGCACACCAUCUGCACGCGGCUGCCGCACCCCCGCCGGCCCCGCCGCACCACGGGGCCGCCGCACCGCCCCCCGGCCAGCUCAGCCCCGCCAGCCCGGCUACUGCCGCGCCCCCGGCGCCCGCGCCCACCAACGCACCCGGCCUGCAGUUCGCCUGCGCCCGGCAGCCCGAGCUCGCCAUGAUGCAUUGCUCUUACUGGGACCACGACAGCAAGACCGGCGCGCUGCACUCGCGCCUCGAUCUCUGA